AUGGUGGUGGCCCUCCGCGAGACGGGCGAGGUCAUUGGCAACGGCGGGUUCAACUGCUUCGGAAACGACAACGGCACCUCUGUCGCGCAGCAGGACGGGGAGGAUGGCGUCAGGGGGCGUCCGUAUCUUACUGAUACGGGCGUGGUGCUUGAUCAUCGGCACUGGGGGAAGGGGUACGGGCGGGAGACGUUGUGUGCGAAGGUCGAGUACGCGGUUGAGGAGCUUGGGUGCAGAGUUGUUCGCGUUGAGACGGCAGAUGAUAAUAAGCCGUGGAGGGCGCUGAUGGCGUCGUUGGGUUUGGCUGAGAUUGAGACCAAGGGCCCGGUGAGUUAUGAUGAGAAUGUGAUUGGGUGGGUUUACAGGAUUGAUGCUCAACAGUGGAGAGCUGUCAGAGAGGAUUUGAAGAAAAGGGGGAAGUGGCCGUUGUGA